GAAAAUGAAUGUGAGUCUAUUUAAGGUCCCCAAAAGUGACCAUGGUCUGUCGUGUGUGUGUGUGUGUGUGUGUGUGUGUGUGUGUGUGUGUGUGUGUGUGUGUGUGUGUGUGUGUGUGUGUGUGUGUGUGUGUGUGUGUGUGUGUGUGUGCGUGUGUGUGUGUGUAUAAGGAAACAGACUGGGGGAGGCGUGUAGGACGGACUCCUAAGUCACUGUGUCACAAGCUGCGCAGACUGCACGAAGCUAUAAAGCAGGACUGCGUUAUCCUGCAAUACACCUAGGACUCAAGCCUCAUCAUGGCUGAAUUCAUGGAUGAGAGUCAGUUCUCUCUGAUGAGUCUGGAGGAAGAGUUGACCUGCAGUAUCUGUCUGAGCACCUUUGACAGUCCGGUGACCAUCCCCUGCGGACACAACUUCUGCCAGGAUUGCCUCCUCGCCUCCUGGAAGGACACCUACAGCUGUCCUCAAUGUCGGACCCACUUCGCCACCAGACCGGAGCUGAAGAAAAACACGGUCCUCAGCACCGUCGUUGAGACCUUCAGAGUCAGGUCCAACAAGAAUGAGGUCAGCCUGUCCGGAGAGGUGGAGGUCAAAGCCAAGAAAGAAGAAGCCAUACUCUGUGAUGCAUGUAUGGAGGCAAAAGCAUCCAAGACCUGCCUCACCUGCAUGGCAUCUUACUGUGACGAGCACCUGCGGCCACAUCUGGAUAACCCCAUUUUCCGCGUCCACCAGCUGGGUGAGCCUAUCGGUGACCUGAUGGAGCGCAUCUGCAGCGAUCACCACAAGCUGAUGGAGUUCUACUGCACCGACCAUGGCCGCCUGAUCUGCAGCCUCUGCUUUCAGGUUCACAAAGGAUGCACCUUCAUAUCUCCUGAGGAGCAGAGGAACGCGAAAGAGUCGGACCUGAGAAGCAAGUUGGGAUUGCUGGAUGGGAAGAUUACGAAGAAUAAGACUGUUAUAUUUCAGAUGAAGGACAUGCAGAACUCACUUAAGGACUCGGGGACCAACAGGAAGAAAGCUUUGGUAGUGGAGUAUCAGCAUAUUCGGGACAUCUUGGCGCGAGAGGAGCGUGACGCUCUGAAUGUGGUGGACCGUGAGGUGGAGAGCGGUCAGACCAAACUCAAAAUCCUCAUGAAGAAGUUCACAGACAACAUUGACAGCAUGAGCAAAGUGAAAGAAAAUAUCCACAGUAUGCUGGGUCAGUCCCAAUCCACAGCCUUCCUAAAGACUUCACUUGACCUGCCCCAAGUCGUAACCUUUGAGCCUUACACCCCUCGAAUCAACCUGGACUCCAAGAAGGUGAUGGCAACACUUACAUUUGCCACUUUCCUGAAGGAAUAUCUGACUGAACUCUGUAAACCACCUACUGAGACCAGACUACCAAUUAAAACAGGUGACAGAGCAGAAUCUGUCUCUCCGAGCCUUGGAAUAUACCAGGAGUCUGAGCUAAAAUGGCCACUGGGGUAUCCCACACUCCCCAGCCCCCACAGUCCAGGUCAAGCUUCUCAGCCCAAAGCAGCAGCAUCCGCCGCAAAGAAGAAAAAGAAAGAAGAAAAAGAUAAAAAACCCAAAAAGCCUCCCCAGCCCACAGAAGGCAUUAUGGGAAAUAUGAAUCUAGGUCGUUCGAUGGAGAACCUGCUGGAGUUUUGUGAGCCCAAACCAGGAACUGUGGACAUUACAUCUGCUGAAAAAAGAAGUGAACUUCUGAAAUAUGCUUCGGUGCUCACUUUGGAUCCAAAGACGGCCCACAAACGCAUCUCGCUGAGUGAUGGCUUCACUAAGGCUUCUGUGUCAGAUGAGCAUGUAAACUACCCUGAAUGCCCUGAUCGCUUCGCCGUCUGUUCCCAGGUGCUUGCUUCCAAAGGUUUCUCUAGGGGGCGUCACUACUGGGAGGUCCGACUGAGCAGCAACAACUUCAUUGGUAUAGGCCUGGCGUACGGUAGCAUUGACCGCAAAGGUCCCACCAGUCGACUGGGGCGCAACAACCAGUCUUGGUGCGUGGAGUGGUUUAACGUCAAGCUGUCGGCUUGGUAUAACAGCAGUGAGACCGUGCUGCUCAAUUCCAGUCCUAAACGCGUAGGUGUGCUGUUGGAUUGUGAGGAGGGCACUGCUACGUUCUAUAACGUGGCAGACAGGGCAUAUCCCUUCCACUCCUUUGUGUUUCCCUUUGCUGAAGCUGUGUAUCCAGCUUUCUGGAUUUUCUCCAGUGGCUCGUCCAUUUCUUUGUGCAAGCUGCAGGCAUGAGUAGCACAUGCACAUAGAGUACAAUUGCAUAUGCACACACACACACACACACACACACACACACACACACACACACACACACACACACACACACACACACACACAGUCAAGUCUUUGUUCUCAAUAGAAACAAUAACAUGAAACAGUUCUUUGCUAGUUUUGAGUACAUUGAUUAAGACAUUUUUUCACAUUAAGAGGCUGACAGGGUAUAGCACCCAACCAACAAUUUUGUCAAUAUUCUUUUCAUUAAAAGUUUAACAUUUAUAUUGUCUGUACAGUUAAAACUGUGCAAUGCUAACAUUUUGUUCUAAGUACCCUUCCUUUAGGUCUCCUUUAACUAAAUAAAGAAAUAGUAAGUGGUGGUUGAGCCUGCCUGGCAUUAGAAUAGUAGUCCUUAGUCAGCCUGAAGCUUCACAAAUGAUAAGCAUGUUAUUAAGAUUAGCUAUGUCCUAAAGGUUUGGUAUAGCUAAUGACAUUAGGUAUGACAUAGCAUGUCAUAGCUAAUGUCGUUAGAUAUGCCUGAUAUGCUUCCAACAGCUACAUUUGCAAAUUCAGGCAGGCAAUUUAAAUUGUGUUUUCAAGUAUAUAUAUAGUAUGCAUUCCAAUCACUUCUUAAAAAACAAGAUAAAAAAAUCAUAUUUCUUUUGCCUAACAUGCAGAGGGAAUUAUAAGAACAUUUUUGAGUGAAAAAGAUGAGGGAUAUAAAAGAUAAGGUGUUCUUUUUUCUUCCUAUAAAUUGUAUUGAUACAGUAACCAAUCCAAUACAGUAAGUAACCAUAUAACCAUAACCAUUUAACAUAAUGCAGUUAAAAAAAAAAGUCAGAUUCCCUGUCAGUCAGUCACACGAAACUAGUUACCCAGACUGGGAAGAGUAGAGAAGUACUAGGUUUUCUUGGUGUCGGUUUAAAUGUCCUCCUCCUUUUUCACUCCACAUACAUAACACACACACUGCAUACUUAUUAUACAGCUUGUGUGUACUUGUGUGUACUCCUUUUUAUUUGUUAUGCAGAGUAUUUAUUACACACUGUGUGAUGGUUCUGAAUGUGUGCAGGUAAAGAAGUUAAUUACUUUACUGUCAGACACAUGUCAGUACAGUGUUUCAAUAUAUCUGCAUAUAAGAGUGUGGCUAUUAGGUUCAUAGGGCCCGGUGAUAUGAAAAACAUGUUUUCAUAUCAGCUUAUGUCAAUAUAUGGAUCAUUUCUUGCAAGCUUAACGAUUCCACUAAGUUUAAAAUUCCAUAUAAAUCCACAAUUAAAGUCCUUGUGAUGGUUGAGCUGUCACUUUCUUUCUGACACUCAAAAUUUCAUGUGAACUAGUGUUCAUGUCCUCCUUCUAUUGGAGUUUUGAAACCAAAGCAAUAGCAUGUGGUAUAUUAAGCUCAACUCAAACAACGCUGUAAUGCAUUUUAUUAGAAAAAAGUCUGAUCCUGAAGGACUGGCUUAUAAAUAGCUAGUUAUAGUACUUUGUUUCGGUGAUGUGAUCAGAUGAUCAAUUUAGAAAGCAGUGUGUUCGUAUCACCCAGCCCUAUAAGGUCAUCUCCUAAACUCCGUGACUGAUUCAGCUGAUGAGAGCAGAAGUCAUAUAGACUGUGUUCUUAUCAAGGUCUGUCAGUCUCUUUUUCUUUUUUUUCUUUUUUUUGAUUAUUUCACGUCAUUCUAUUGGUGGAGUUAGAACCAGUAAGUAAUGGUUUGCCUCAUAGAAUUACACUGCGAUGCAACUGUAAAUCUAUGGUAGGCACAUUAAAACAACAAGCCAUCAAAAUGCUCUGUUGGUUGCUCGUAGGGCAGAAAGAUGGUAGUAAGAUGCUUCACAGGGGUAGAUCAUUUGUGGCAUAACACAAAGUUUACCCCUGGCCUGUGAGAUGUGUUUGCUGAAGAACUCUGGUGACACACUGGUUGUCACACGGGUUAGCCUCAGUGACUAAUUUACUCAUGUUCCUCAGGUGAUGAAGCGUUCAGUCAGCUGAUCACAUGAGGUCAGAGUAGAAUCGUCUUGGGUGUCGCUAAAAGGUGUCAAUUGUCACUGUAUGGGUGCGAAGCAGUUGAGAUUCGUCCACCGAACGCACGGCACAUUUCAGUGAUGUUGCACUUUCAACACGUUUCUCUUUGUUCUUCAUGACAAAAAGAACUAACAUACUGUAGAGGCUCAGGUUGUUGUUCCGAACGGUUUAAUUGAUAAGCUAAGGCAAAAGACAUGAUGACUGCUGUGGUUAAUAAAUCAGUUGUUACACACCUUCAUUUUUAGAUUCCAGUACAUUCCAAUAUCUGAAGGUGUUGUCCAUCACUGCAGAUAAGGUCUGAACCUGUGUGGUGAAAUCUGCUGUUUUCACUAUAUGCCAUUGCUUAUCAUAACAAUGGAGAAUUUAGGUUUGGGAUACAUAGCUGUUGGAGACAAUUGAGCAUGUUCCCAUACCAUGAGUAUCCAAGUCCUGGUAGUGUGUUGACACUUGUGUACUCUUACAACCUGCCUGGAGUAACAUAAUAGAGGUGUCCGUGCUUAGCAGACCCAGUGAAUAGUUAAGUUUGUUUCAAGUAGUAUUUGAUGUUAUUGCUUAUGGCUUCUGUUUUUGUUUUGUAAGAUGCAUUAUAUAGAUCAGCUUGCAAAUCAUUUUGUUGAUUUUGUUUGAUUUUUUUUUCAUUAUUCUUUGCAUGAUAUAUUUUCAGGUGUCAGUCAUUUUACAUCAAAUCAACCUUUGUGUAAUGCUUCAAUGUUCAAUCGUCCUGUGCUUGCCGCUCUGUGUCGUGAAACAUGUUUGGUGAAAGGAAAUUGUGCCAAAUCUGCUGUGAUUUUAUUUUGUGUACUUAACAAGAGAUUCUUAGAUGAAGUAUCAACUUUUUAUUUGAUUGUUUUAUCAUUCAAAAGGUUAUUGCUCUACUAGAUUGUUUAAUCAAAAUAACUUUGUAUUACAAUUUAACCAAAUGAUUCAUUCAAUAAAAGUUUUUUCUCUCUCAGA